GAUGAGAGAACACGAGCUACGCGCGAUCGAUCGCGUUUCGCCGUUUUGGCUUGCGUGCAAGAGAGAAACCAGCAACCAAAGCCGCCUACCAAAUGAGUGAACCUCAGCGAGUAGCUUGCUCGCACAGCGGGGCCAUAACCUCGGAUGGCGAGACCUUGUGCACAAAAGAAGGGGACAUCGGCUCCCCGAAUGCGAAGUCCCUGCUGAGCCAGCGAAGGCGUCAUGUGCUGUGUGAAAUAGUGAACGCCCGUCGCUGCAGCGGCAGUGUCAGCGAGAAGACAUUCCUACAAGGCAAAAAACCAGCAGGCUGCACCUGUGAUGGGGUCAAGCUUCGCAAGGAGCUAGCAUCGAGCACCCUCUCCCAGACCAAUCUCAAGGCCCCACCUGCCAAACGGCUUGCCGCCAUUAAAGCAAAAAGUGCACAGAGUCCCGAAGAGGCAAGCAACCUCUCCAUAGAAGCGAUGCCCGCAAAAGCCGACAACUCCGGACUUCCAGACUGCUUGGAGCUUGACCCCAUCAAGGUCUUCUGUGAAACGUCGGAGUUGCGUGAAGCAGUUGCUGACAUGAAGGUCCCAGAGGUGGAGGGGAGUGUGAGUCCCGAAGAGGCAAGCAACCUCUCCAUAGAAGCGAUGCCCGCAAAAGCCGACAACUCCGGACUUCCAGACUGCUUGGAGCUUGACCCCAUCAAGGUCAUCUGUGAAACGUCGGAGUUGCGUGAAGCAGUUGCUGACAUGAAGGUCCCAGAGGUGGAGGGGAGUGUGAGCCACGAGAAGAACAGUGGAGACCUCUCCAUGGAGAUUAUGUACAGCAAGCUCGACAUCUCGGAUGAGGUCUUUGGCCAGUCGGGCGACUCAUCACUGGAUCUGACAAAUGAAGCUGAAGACAACCUGAUGUCAUCCCUCGCGGCGCCCAACCAGGAUCGUCUUGUUGAAGCUUUGCCACAAGUAACGCAGCUUUGUCUGAAGCGACACAGCUCUGCACUGUGUGGUGCCAUCUUCUACAAACUGGGUUGUCCGCUGCUUCGGGCCUUCUUCCACGGCUCAUUUCAACUCUUGCUGAGGGAGAGAGAGAUAAUAGAAAAGGCGGGCACCACUGCGCAGAUGAAUUUGUGGACCCAGAGACCAUGGAAGAGCCUGUGCAAGACCAGCUUCAGUAUUUGCCACUGGACUGACCGAGUGCGGCUGCAGAGCCUCCGACCAUGACUUGGAGUCCAUCUCGGCACCUCGUCUACUCGGCAGUUCCUAAUGUGCCGAGUCUUUAAGACCUGCUGAGUAAAAGUUGGAAGGGGCAGCACAUAAUCUGAACUCCUAAGAUACUGUGUGGCUCCUUCAGUAAAACAAAUCUGGGAGUUCGGCUAUGUGCUGGCCCUGCCCUCACUUCUCUUAACAAAGUGCCUACCGACAAGUCUCUCGCACUACAUUCAGGCUUUCGGAAUACACCACAAUAGGUUGUAAAUAAAGUAUUCCUGUAAACACUUAAGCAUUGUGCAUGGAAACAAGGGCUUCUAGUAUGGAUGAUGUUGUCCAACUCUUUGCCGCCUUUCUCCAGACUCCAGAACUCCGUUGCUCUCCGUGAAGGCAAAAAGAAACCUAGUGUUCCCAGUUUACAUGGUUUGAAACAGAAUUUUCCAGCAGUUGCCGAUUUUUUAUGUAUUGUGUCCAUGUGCUCAAAAAUGUCCCCUGCUUGCAUACAGGAUGAAGUGUGUAAUCCUGCAACUGCUAAGCGAUACUUGGGGCCUUUUACCUCAAUAGUACAGGAAAAGAUAGUUCGCUGUCGCUGCGGCAUGCUGUGGUCAGGAUCACUGUGCUGCCUUUUCAGCCACUUCGAUAUAUUUAUCAAGAGUUUCGCCAU